GCUGCUUACACAGUGACAGUCCCCACAUUUACUGCUGAGCCCGAGUGAAUGUGCAAGCCUACGGAGACGAGAUGGCCACAGGCACAAAUGACUCCAGAUCCACAAUAAUACUUGGUGCUUCUUUCCUUGGUCUCCGGCUCUCUGCGGCGACUACAGCGGUCUCCUCCCCAUCUGCGACGGCGACGGCGCCAAAGAGCUGGAUCUGUUGAACACUCUCGCUCAGCAGAGGGAAUUUCGAACUGGAGGUGGAGAGUUGCUCUUCAGUGUUGGAGAACUGGAUCUAUUGUCCAGCAGUUCGUUUUAGGAGCUGUUGGAAAGGAUCCUGCAAAUUGGAGUUGAAGGAGCUGCUAUUCAGGAAGGUCAACCCAAGGACAGUGCUAUAGCGUUGAGAUAUGGAGGCUGCUGCUGGGGCGUUGAGCCCUGUUCUCCGUAAGCUCGGUGAGCUGCUCGCCGGAGAAUACAACCUGGAGAAGCGAGUAAAGAAAAGUGUACAGUCGCUUCUUACAGAACUAGAGAUGAUGCACGCUGUACUUCGUGAGGUUGGCAAGGUGCCGUCGGAUCAGCUCCAGGGGCCGGUCCGGAUUUGGGCUGGCAAGGUGAGAGACCUGUCUUGCGACAUGGAAGACGCUGUUGAUGACUUCCUGGUGCGUGUAGGUGAGGGUUCAUGCAGCAAGCCAACGGACAUGAGGAGUCGAGUCAAUAAGUUCCUCAAGAAGACCACCACAUUAUUUGGUAAGGGCAAAGCACUUCAUCAAAUCUGCGAUGCUAUCAAAGAAGCUCAGGAUCUUGCAAAGGAGUUAGCGGAGCUACGUAAAAAGUAUGAGCUUGACAUGCGUAGCAUUAGCAAUGGUGCUAUCGUUGACCCUCGUGUGCUAGCUCUGCAAAAGGAUGCAGGGGAGCUUGUCGGACUUGACCGCACAAGGGAUGACCUUAUUAAAACACUGGUUUGUGAGGAUGGGAGUUCCAAGGAGAAAUUGAAGACAAUCUCUAUUGUUGGUGUUGGUGGGCUGGGCAAGACAACCCUCACCAAAGCAGUUUUUGAGAAGAUCAAAGGCGAAUUCGAUUGUGCAGCGUUUGUCCCCGUGGGUCAGAACCCAGAUAUCAAGAAAGUUUUCAAAGACCUACUCUAUGGGCUCGACAAAGAGAAGUUCAAAGACGUUCAUAAUACAAAAAGGGAUGAGAAACUACUCAUUGAGGAGCUCAGUGAAUUCCUUGUGGACAAGAGGUACCUCGUCGUAAUUGAUGAUAUAUGGGAAGAGGAAAUAUGGAGAUUUAUUAAUUGUGCUUUGUGUAAAAACAAACUCCAUAGUCGGGUAAUCACAACAACCCGCAAUGUGAGUGUGUCCCAAGCAUGUCUCUCUUCUAGUGAUGACAUGAUUCACAAAAUGGAGCCUCUUUCUGAUGAUGACUCUCUGAUACUCUUCCACCGAAGAAUAUUUCAAAGCGAGGAGAAAUGUCCAGAAGAUUUGCAAGUAGUAUCGAGAGAGAUAUUGAAGAAAUGUGGUGGUGUACCAUUAGCCAUAAUUACAAUAGCUAGCCUCCUAGUUAGCAACCAAAGGAUAAAGCACAAAGAUGAAUGGAUGCAUGUGCACAAUUCAAUGGGCCGUGGAGUUACACAAGGUGGUAUCGUGAAGGACAUGAAGAGGAUAUUAUCACUCAGCUAUUAUGAUUUGCCAUCCCAUCUGAAGCCUUGUUUAUUAUAUCUAAGCAUCUUUCCUGAAGACUUGGAGAUUAAAAGGGAUUGGCUGAUAUGGAGGUGGGUUGCUGAAGGGUUUAUCCAGUGUGACAAAAAAGAAAACAGGCUGUUUGAGAUUGGAGAGAGCUACUUUAACGAGCUAUUGAAUAGGAGCUUGAUCCAGCCAGCAGAAAUCAAUUGGGAAGGAACGGUAGUAACUUUCCGUAUACAUGAUAUGGUGCUUGAUCUUAUCUGCUCACUGUCAAGUGAAGAGAAUUUUAUCUCCAUAUUGAAUAAUGAUGAGUGGCAUGCACCUAAUCUGCAAAGGAAAUUUCGCAGGUUAUCAAUUCAUAAUAUCAAUGCAAAGGUUCAGAACCAUCAGUUUGACAGCACUAGCCUGUCAAAAGUGAGGACCUUUGCUGUUUUCUCUCCUGUUACCUGUGAUUGGUUGCCACCUAUCCCAAGCUUCCAAUUUUUACGUGUGCUGGAUCUUGGAAAUGGUGACGGACGUGAAAGUAGCUCUGGUAUCAGCCUCAAGUAUGUAGGGAAUUUAAUUCACCUAAGGUACCUAGGGCUAAGGAAUGCUGAUGUUCAGGAACUCCCAUUGGACAUAGGCAAACUGCAGCUUUUGCAGACACUGGAUAUAAGAGGCACUAAUAUAAAAAAUUUACCUGCAAGUGCUGUUCAGCUCACAAAUUUGAUAUGCCUACGUUUCUACAACGACUUGGUGCUGCCAAGAGGAAUGGGGAACUUGACGUCCCUCGAAGUGCUGGGCAGAGUAAGAUUAUCCCCGUCUCCUCACAUUGCGAAAGAGUUGAGUCAUCUGACAGAGCUUAGGACAUUGAGUAUUAACUGUGUGAACAUGAAUGGGGAUCUGAUUGAUACAUUAAUCAAGUCUCUAGGGAACCUGCAGAAAUUGCAUAAUUUGUGUAUUGAUCGUGGUGGCAGAUUGAUAGAUCGAAUGCGUGAAAGCUGGGUGCCCCCUCCACACCUCCGUAGUUUUCAGUCACCGAAUCACAUUAGAUCUGGGUGGUUCUCGAUACUUCCAAAGUGGGUUAAUUCAAGAUCGCUUCCCCACCUCUCCACCCUGUCAAUAGUUGUCAAAGAACUGCAAGGGGAUGAACUUCAGAUCAUCGGGAUGCUGCCUGCUCUUCGGUUUCUGGAUCUCCAUGCAUGGUACGUGCUGGGAGAGUUGGUUGUGAGGGCCGAUGCAUUCCCAUCUGCGAGAUGCUGCAAGUUCCAUGGGUUUCUGACUUCGCCAGGCCUUUUCCCACCUGGAGCUAUGCCAAGGGUUCAAAGGCUUCGGUUCUGUGUCUCUGCACGGUCGAUCACGAGUGGUGAGGUUGACUGCGGCAUGGGGCACCUCCCUUCUCUCGAGCAUGUUCAGGUUUCUCUGCGGCCGCAGAAUUCCAGCGAUGAAGAGAUGGAGACAGCCAAGACUUUGCUGAGGCGCGCAGCAGAAGCCCAUCCUAAAAGUCCCACCAUUCUAAUCUAGUGCUGACGUGUCUGUGCGCCGGUAAGGCCUUGAAUAAAAUACAGGAGUCAGAAAGGUACUAAUAAUUCCAUCAGUUGCCGCAACUCCCAAUAAACGAUGGCUCAUUCCCUCCAAGGGCUUCAAAAAACAGUCAGGUACUAGUAAUUCCAUCAGUUGCCGUGGAUGAUGCUGUUCCAACAUUUCGAUAGGCAACAAACAAAUUCACUGUACCGUUGCAGUCACCAGCAACUCACUGUACAUAUGUUCAGAUUUUGUCCUUUGCCAAACGGAGGCUUCCGCGUGAUUGUUCAUGAUGAACUGUUCAUUUCUCCUGCAUUUACUCGUACAAUAAAAUGUUGCAUUCAGUUGGCACUGUUUGUAGCAGUACUGCCUCUACGUUUAUUUGAUUGUUUAUUUAAUUAACUGUUCACAUACAGCAUUGUUUUGUUUGUACUGGCUUAUUAAUGAAGAGAUGAUUGAACUUC